UUGACAUCGCCCACAUUUACACAGCUCCGUGUCCUUUUCGGGCCACUGUCCGCUGCAAUAUCCUUUUCCCAACAGGCCACCAUGCACGAUACGUGCCGAAUUUCCUCCGCGGAACCGACUAUGAAUUCCGCGGGACCCGCAUCCUGCGAAAACAUGCAGCCCAAGAAGCACGGAGAUAGCCACUGGCAGCAUUCCCGCAUGCUGGACCUGGACGCGUGUCACGGCAAUAAUGAGGCUUGGAGCGCGCUCUCGACUGACUCAAACGCUGCAUGGAUGACGGGGAGGUGGCCAUGGUAAUGCUCGGUCAUUCGAUGUGAUAGUCCGAACCGGGUAUUUAUUUCACUAUUUUCGGCGAUCCUUUUCACACCUAUCAUCGCCAUGUUUGACCACCACCACCACCACAUCUUGUUUUUCGGUGCAACAGGCUACAUUGGAGGAACCGUAUUCUCCAAGCUGCUCUCACAUCCCAAGGCCGACGGAUUCAAAAUCACCGCGCUGGUUAGAGAUGCAGCCAAAGCCGAAAAGCUGACUCGCACUGUCGGCAACGUCGAGAACAUCGUGGUCCAUCGGGGCUCCAAUGGCGACUUGGAUCUGCUGACCAAACUUGCGAAGGAGGCGGAUGUGGUGUUCUCAGUGGCGGACACAGUCGAUGUCCAAGCAAAGCGGGCCAUCCUGGCUGGAUCCGAGGCACGAUUCGAAGAAACCGGCAGGCCGGUGGUCGUCAUUCACACAUCGGAGCAGGUGAUCUCUUCUCUUGUGUUUGAUGAUCUGGACGACGCCCAAAUGUCCGCUAUUCAGCCGACCCAAAUCCAUCGCGCCGUAGAUCUCGAAUUCUUGGCUGCUGACGAACAAGGUUUUUAUAUUAUCCUGCCGACGACGGUGUACGGCAUCCCACAUGGCCUGCUUGUCAAUGCGGGGAUCCAGAAUAGGCAAAACUCGGUCUUGUCUUACCUCGUCAGCUUGUCAAUGACGCGUGGCCAAGGCGGGAUGGUCGGUCAAGGGAAGAACAUGUGGCACAACGUGGAAUUGAAUGAAUUGGGUGAUCUGUUCAUGGUGUUGUUUGACGCGGCGAUCUCGAAUCCCGAUAGCACACCGCACGGCCAGUCCGGACUUUACUUUGCGGAGAACGGGAGCCACGUGCUGGAGGAUCUGUGCGCCGUGAUCUCCCAGGUCCUGUAUGAACAUGGAAAAGGACAGGCUCCAGCGCCAACAUCAUUCAGCGAGGAUGAGCUCGAUGCUGCUGAGUGGGGCUUCCUUGCAGCCUUGAUUGGGUCCGAUGCCCGAUGCAGGGCGAGAAAAGGACGUGCUCUGGGCUGGAAACCCACUAAAACAACCGCAGACUUCCUAGAAAAUGCUAGAGCAGUCACAGAACGUUUGCUAAUGAACGGUUAUGUUUGA